AUGAGAUUUGAAAAAGUUCUCGCUUUUGCGUGCCUGGCUAAUGGCCUAGCUGUGCGUCAGAACAAGCCGAUCUGGGAAACCCUGCCACCAACACCAGACCUGCCAGCUCCCAUCAACACAAAGACGACUUUGAUUAAUGGAGUUCAACUCUGGAUGCAAGAGUAUAACAAAAAGGCAGGCGGUAUCCCUAUCGUCUUCGACCACGGUGGUCUUGGCUAUUCGGCCUACUUUGGAUCUGUCAUCUCUCGUCUCGUCGACCAUGGGCACUACGUGAUCGCCAUUGAUCGCCGAGGUCACGGUCGCUCUACCUUCAACAAAGAUGAUGUAUUCACCUUCGACCAAUUCGCCAAAGACAUUGAUGACCAGCUCAAGUCGGUUGGUGUGAAGGAGUAUAAUGUUGUGGGCUGGUCUGACGGUGCUAUAACGACCUUAUCCGCCCUGCUCAACCCAGUCACUGCAGCACCUAUAAAGAAAGCCUUCAUCUUUGGGGGCACAGCCAACCCGGAGCAAACAAACGCAACCUUUGCGAACACGGCUUUAUUUUCUGAAUUCGUCUCUCGUUGUCGCACAGAGUACGCUCAACUGCAGCCAAACGCCAACUUCACGUUGUUUGGCAGCAAAGUCGUCACUUUGGAAUCGACGCUUCCUCAGUUUACUGAUGAGCAGUUGGGAUCUAUCGAUGGAAAGAAGGUUAUUAUCGUUGGCGCAGAGCAUGAGGAGGCGGUUAAUUUGGACGUACCUGGGAAGUUACACGGAGCUAUCAAAGGGAGCAAGAUGAAGAUUUUGACUGGCGUAAGUCACUUUGCGCCGUUACAGGAUCCCGAUCAGUUCUCUGUGGCAGUAUCGGAUUUCUUUGCUUCCUAG